ACUCUGGUUUAUUAGCAGUACACAAAUUUCCCAGUUUUAUUUUUGACUACGAUUUUUUCGAAGAUUUUUUUCUUUCUCUUUCCAAUACCUACCCGCGAAAUUCGGUUUGAUCUGGUAUUGGCCCCCCGAUUGUGUGCGAGUGUGUGACCGGGGAAAAAAUAUGUAUUCGUUUGGAAUCCGUUCAUGAUUUACCUUCCCGCAAUUUUGCUCGCGCCGGAUUUUUCUGCUAGUUUUUUUUCUCUAAUACUAAUAUUUAUUUUUGUACUCCACGGUUUAACGAGUUUCGGCAGACUUUGUGCCGUUACCGUUAUUAUACCUUUUUGCCGAUCGACUACCGCGCGCUAAAUGAAGUGUGAUUUUUAGUGCAACGCUAGGGUGCAAUUAAGCGCUCGUAAAACUAGGCCUGGGCCCCUUUCCCCCGUUUUUAUUUUCUUUCGUCUAGCGCCAGAAUGGCGCUAAGAUUAGUGGUCACUUGUUUUCAAACGUCUUAAUAUCGGUUCUCAUCUUUGGAGGGGAUUAAUUGUGCCAGAAAAGAGUCCUUGAGUUUCGAAGGGGAGGGAAGAAAGACCAACGAUUUUGCAGUCGUUGAAGCAAAUCUCCUGAGUGCUCAGUGUAUGAGAAAAGUGAAACCGAAAGUUUACAACCGGCACCAUGAAUCUUAUGUUCCGGAAGAAUAUACGGGAGGGCAGUGGAAGAACAACAACUGUGGGAACCAAAGCCAAAAUGACCAACCGUCAUCCGAGGAAGCCGCGCGAAAGUUACGGAGGACCCGGCGGAGGUGCAGACGAAUAUCACUUCCGGACGCACAUUUUCUUCUCGCCGGCACACCUGAAACCGGACAGCGAAGAACUUCGCUGUACCCCGAUCUCGGGUUUUCAGUAUCCCCCACAAACGCCCCCGGCAAUGAUGCCUUCGGGAGGGGUUGGAACCACGAUGGUCAUGACCGGAACUUCCCCGACUUCGGUUGGUCCAGGGGGUGGCGGAGGAGGAGGAGGCGGAGGAGUGGGUGGACCAAAUCUGCCAGGUGGCUCCUACGGCUACGAUCAAACCGGAACGCUGCCCCGAGGAUUGCCUCUGCUACUUCCUGCUCCCCCUCCCCUGCUGGAUCGGAAUCGCCUGAGCGUGCCGCCCUCGACACAACCCACCACCACGACGACGAUCGGCAACAACGCCAUGCGCCCAACUCGGGGCGGAUCGCCGGCCGGCAGGAAAUUCGAGCACGGUGCUACCGCCAGGCAAGUGAGUUUUGGCGGGCAACCCGGCCAGGGUGGAUUCGUGAGCUCCCGAAGUGAGCCCAUCUCGCUGGCAACACUGGACAAGGACUGCUUCAUCAUCCCGGUGCACAGUUUAGACCGGUUUCUGCCGGCUGGCAUUCCGCAACUACCUUCACCCGACACCACGGAUAAUUCGGCGGUCGGGCCUCUGAGCGUACUGGAGGUGUCCGAUCCGAAAAUCUGUAUCCUAGCUCACCUGAUGAGCCCUCUGGAGCCAAUCGAUCCCCUGCUGGAAUCGCCACUCGCCCAUCCACUGUCCAAACAGAGGGCAGUGGCAUCCGAACUGCUGAACGAAGUACAACAAGGCAACAAUGCCGUGGGAGGCAUGCUGCUAGCCAAUAUGGAGCGAAGCUCCGCCGAGUUCCCUUUCAUAGCGUACUAUGUGAUAAACACCACCCAGACGGAUCCGACGCUGUUCUACACCGGAGUGCGGGGCGCGUCGCUGUCCAAGUUCGAGCCGAAGAAUACCCGCUACACGGCGGCCCACACCCUAGAUCUGUACAGUGAGGUGGCCUCGAUCUGCCGGCCUCCGUUGGCUUUGGCCCCCAAUGAAAUCGGUAGCGUCAAGAAGGGCCAAACGCCUUCGACGGGGUACAUCAUCAGUGUGUAUAAGGUCUACGAAGGCGACGAUGGCGAACGGUUUGAACGGAAUUGGCUUUACUGGACCGGUGCCAGGAUGAUUUACAGAUACCUCCCGAAAACGGCAGGGCUGCGGCGAAUCACCUUGCACAAGAGCGUAUCCUCCCGGGGGGACAAAAUGUAUCUGCUGCUGGUGGAGUGUGCCGAUCUGCUCAAGGACCUCUCGGCGGCCGCCUUGCUCAUUCCGGCUCUCCGAGCCCGUCUUUGCGGGUACACCGGUUUGUACCGACCGAUUCAAGCCUUCUAGUAGGGGCAGGAGUAAGCUAACAAAAUUGCCACCCACUUCAACCGUGCGAAGGGUUUCGCGCCUUCGUCAGCGUCACGUCAUUGCCACGUCGCGUCGCCGUCGUUAAUUCGUGAUAUUGUAUAAAUUCUAUGUGUAGAACCUAAGCCGAAGAAGCCGUAAAUUUUGAACAACCGUUGUCGUCGAGUCACUUGAUGGUGACAUCUUGAAAAUGAAUACCUACCCGGGGUUAAGAAAAAUACGAUGAAUCAUCGGAUUAUAGAAGGGUACCUAAUUGUAUCAAAGUUUAAACGUUGUUGAGUUAUCAUUACUCGGAUCGGACACAAUUCAUUCGUUUGUAUCGUUAAUCAGAUUUGUUUAAAAAGAAGUCAGUAAAUUUAUAUUUUUUGCAAGUGUUUCUUUAUGUUCCAAAAAUUUUUGUGAAAAUAUUUAACUUCGUCGAUAUGGGAAAAAAAACUUGGGCUAAUCCCUUCUGAACCACCAACCAAGAAUUAGAGUUGAAUAGGCUACUUCUGGACGACGUUCAAUUCUUAGCUUCCUAAGAGUCAGGCGCCGAAUAUCUAACGCAUCUGGCUGAAAUUAAAGAUCUCCACUGCAGGCGAUCCG